AUGGACUCCGCAGACACUUGCUCCACCUUCCUAUCGGAUCUGGAUUUCUGCCCGGAUUGCGGCUCGGUUCUUCCUCUGCCUGGGGUUCACGAUACAAUCACUUGUACUCGUUGUCGUUUCUCUAUCAACGUGAAGGAUUUCGAAGGGAAGGUUGUAAAAACUUCAUUUGUUUUCCACGAACUUGGGACAGCCAUGCCAUCGUCGAUGGAGGAAGCAGCUGAGUUCCAGGGACCUGUGAUUGACAGACGCUGCUCUCGAUGUGGCCAUGAGGGAAUGGCAUACCAUACCAGACAGAUGCGUUCAGCUGAUGAAGGGCAGACUGUGUUCUACACCUGCACCAACUGCAAGUUCCAGGAGAAGGAAGACUCGUGA